AUGGCGUACAACAGACCCUACGACCCCGACGCCCUUCCCAGAUUCGCCGAGCCAGAUAGACCUGGCUCGACCCCGAGUGCAGCCAACGCGGCCCCCGCGCCGCGGUACGACAAGCCAGCGCCGCCGCUGCCCUCUCAGACACGACAGAGCUCAUCUCACUACGGGCUCUCCUCGCCGCCAGCGCAGGCCUCAGGGCACCGACCUCCUCCAAGUCACAAUCAACCGCCGACGAGCUCGCGUCCGCCUGCAUCGCCUAGUGCGGACGGUUCAGCAUCGGAUCCCACACUCCUGCCCCUCUUCAGGGCUGUCGACAAGGAUGGCACCGGCCAGCUCUCGGAAAAGGAGCUUUCUGCGGCUCUGGUGAACGGCGACUGGACCUCUUUCGACCCCCAGACCGUGAGGAUGAUGAUCCGCAUGUUUGACACGGACCGCAGCGGCACCAUUGGAUUUGACGAGUUUUGCGGCCUGUGGUCCUUCCUCGCCUCCUGGCGCACCUUGUUCGACCGCUUUGACGUCGACCGCAGCGGCAACAUCUCGCUGAGCGAGUUCACGGACGCCCUGGUGGCCUUCCGCUACCGUCUCAGCCCGCAGUUCGUCGAGUUGUUGUUCAGGACCUACGACAAGCGCCGGGAGGGGGUGAUGAGCUUCGACCUGUUUGUGCAGGCGUGUAUCUCUCUGAAGCGCAUGACCGACGUGUUCAAGAAGUACGAUGACGACAGAGACGGCUACAUCACACUAAGCUUUGAAGACUUCCUCAGCGAGAUCUUGAAGCAGAUGAAGUGA